GUUAGUGAACCAUCAGGCCUCCAAUUCAACAUGUAUCAUCAGUCUGUAGAGGCUUUGAAUUAUGGAUUUGUCACGUUUUACAGAUAAACUCUGUUUACUGAUAACAACUUACAGGGCUCUGAACAUGGACUUCAUCGAGUGUCGAGAUGCAGAUUCAUGAGAAGAACGAUUACGAUGAAGCAGCAGGUGUGGGGGAGAUCUGACUCGGUGUGUGGGCCCGUGAGCGUGACACAGAGUGGAGGAUGAGGACUUUUAUUUCUGUGGGUGGAGGCGCUGAUGGAGGGGAGUCCCGCGGCCUCCGCAGCAGGGUGGGCAGGAUGAAGAAGCUCCUGUGGACCAGGCCCAGUCAUUGCGGAGACAUCCACACGAACACAGAGCCCGGCGUGUGGCUCACCAGCUUCCAGUCACUGGAUACAGAUGGGCAGUACAAGGAUCAGGUGCAGGAGUGGGGGGAGGAGGAGGAGGAAGGGGCAGUUUUUGGCAUCACACUGCGCAGGGAGCCCGUGCUGCCUAGCUCGGACCCAAAAGAGCCCUCCACGGCCUUCAGCUUUGCCCACUACCACACAGUGAAGCUGCGCAGACUGAAGGCCGCCACCCUGGAGCGUCUGAUCACACACCUGCUGGACCCCGAGCACCAGGAACCCGACUUCAUGCGAGUCUUCCUCUCCACCUACAGGGCCUUCACCUCCACGAGCACCCUCAUCGAGCUGCUGUUUCAGAGAGAGGACUCAAUCGCCAACCUGGACAACACUGUCUGCCCACGAAGUACCUUACCCCCGGUGAUCCGGCUGUGGCUGGAGGAAUACGGUGAAGACUUCCACAAGCCCCCCCAGUACUCGUCCCUCAGGCUGCUGUGUGUCCACCUGCGGCAUCGUCUCUGCUUCAGACGCCUGGCUCAGUCUGCAGAGACUCUCCUCAAGAGGCUGCAGGAUCAAGAUUGCAGCAAGGCUGCGUCAGAGCACAGCAGUGAAUAUUCGCAGCAGGAGCUCAGAGAUCAGGAGGGCGCAGGAGACACGUCCACGAAGGAGGAGGAGAAACACAACUUUAUGGACUUCCCUGUGCAGGAAGUGGCGCAGCAGCUGACCCGAUUGGAUGCUGAGCUGUUUGUCCGAGUGGUCCCCUUCCACUGCCUGGGCUGCAUCUGGUCCCAGCGCGACAAGAAGGAAAACCGAAACCUGGCGCCCACCGUCCGCGCCACCAUCUCCCAGUUCAACGCCGUCACCAACCGUGUCAUCACCUCUCUCCUCUGGAUGUCCUCGCCCAGCCCUUCCACUUCCUCUCCCAUCUCCUCCCUCUCCUCCUCGUCUAACUUCCUGUACCCCUCCACAGCCCCGAGCUCACCUCGCUGCUCUCACACCAGUCCCGCACACAGGGCACACAUCAUUGAGAGGUGGAUCCAUAUAGCUCAGGAGUGCCAUCAGCUGAAGAACUUCUCCUCUUUGAGGGCCAUCCUCUCCGCCCUGCAGUCCAAUGCUGUGUAUCGCCUCAAGAAGACCUGGGCUGCUGUCAGCAGGGAAAGCAUGAACACCUUCGACCACCUGUGUGAGACGUUCCCUGACGAGAACUGCGUGCUAACCAGCAGAGAGAUCCUGGUGGAGGAUGGGACUCACCCAGAUGGCAGUGCCACGCCGAGCUCAGUGUCCAGACACAUUAGCUUCAGCAGUGGCGUCGUGCCGUACCUCGGCACCUACCUGACCGUCCUCACCAUGCUGGAUACAGCGCUGACCGACACUGUGGAGGGUGGUCUUAUCAACUUUGAGAAGCACAGACGGGAGUUUGAGAUUCUCUCUCAGAUCCGGCAGCUUCAGGCUUCCUGCUCCCACUACAGCUUUCCAGUAAACCCUCAUAUCGCCACCUGGCUGCAGGCACACACACUGCUCACAGACCAGGAGAGUUAUGAGCUGUCUCGUGAGCUGGAGCCUCCUGUGGACCCAUGUCCCAACUCCCCCAACUCAUGGAGCAGCCGUCUGCUCACAAAGAAACUCACCUCGUUGCGAACAUCCAGUGAAAGCUCCCUCAGGAAGACCCACGCUGACCAGAUCAGCGUUUCUUCCUCUGGCUCCAGCAGUUCGGACAUGGAGGACCUCUCGGCCCCUCAGCCCUUCCCCCUCAGACUCAAACUCAAGACGCUCUCCGGCUCUCUCCACAACGUCGCAGAGGAUUUCUCCUCCGGCUCCUUGUCGUCGUCCUCUCCCAGUCUGUCCAGCUCCUCCUCAAACCCCGACCUCAGCUCUCCUUCUCUGGUGCAGAGCCCGGAGUCGCCGCCCUCCAGCUGCUCUCCUCAGCCCGCGCUGCCCGUCUACAACAAACAGGUCGCAGACUCGUGCAUCGUCAGGAUCAGCGUGGAGUCUGUCAGCAAUGGAAACGUCUACAAAAGCAUACUGCUCACCGGUCAGGAUCACACGCCUCAGGUGAUCCAGAGAGCUCUGGAGAAACACAACAUGGAGGACGUCAGCUGCUGCAGCUUCAACCUCUGCCAAAUGCUCAACAAUGGGAAAGAGCUCCAGAUACCUGAGAAAGCCAACGUAUUUUAUGCCAUGUGCACCUCCGCCAACUACGACUUUGUGCUGCGUCAGCGCUGGAGGAGCCACGGGAGGCGUCUGGGCUCCUCUUUCAGUCCCGGAGCCCAACCCAGGAGCCGCCACAGCAAGUGAACAGCAUCCAUAGGACUGUAAGGACGAUGACUAAAACACAGAGGAGCUGCUCGUCUGCAAACAGCCCAACAACACGUCUGAGGCCCUUUGGUUCAGAGCGGCUUGAUCUGCUGUACAGUGAUCUCACACAGACUCUCAUGCAACGGAGCUUCGACUGAAAAAGGAGUUUUUAUUAUGACCUAGUCUGCAAUGGGAAAACGUGUUGUACCGGGAGUUAUACUGGAAUGUCAAAAGAGUGACUUGAGAGAGGAGGAAUUUCCCCAGAAGUGAGACACCGAGAAGAAUCUGAGAAAGAAAUGUUGAGGAAUGAACCCCCCGGGACCUGUGGUGGGUUUGGAUUAUUGUGCAUCAUAAAGUGAGCACUGCUUCAGGUCUGGAUGAGGAUCAGCUGGUCUGCAGAUACAUACUUGAGUGAUUCUUCAGGAAAGAAAGUGGCAGCAGACCCACGCCUGCAGACUCUGCUGCAGUGUCCUGUUUUACGACAUACAGACAUGGGAUAUUUACUUCAGCCUGCAUGAGUCUCUCGUACUUUUAGUGGUGCAGAGUGCUCACUGUUGGCAACAUUUCAGUUGUGCCGAAUACUGAAACAAAUGGUGUUUGAACUCCAGGCAUUGAGAUUUCAUUUGCCUGGAGAGUAGGUAGUAAGUAUUCAGUCGUCUCCUAGUUGAGGAUUUAAAUGAUUUAAUGUAACUUAAUGUCAUUUUAUCAUUAUAAAUUAUUUAAUGCAAUGCCAGUAUUCAGCUUGUAGAGCAAAAGUGGGAAUCACUAUUUUUGGAGAGUCCGCCUACUGAUAGUUUUUGUAAAAUAUUAGUUGAAAUACUAAUGUUAGCUUUAUCUGGAGAUGUCUAACAGAUUAUCUUGAACAGACCUACAUAUAACCAGGAUUGUAUCUUCAUAUAUUGUCACAUAUACACUAAAGAUAAUCUGUUAAACAUCUCCAGAGAAACCUAGCUGUUUAAACUUUACAAAUACUCUCAGCUCUCCAAAGAAAGCGUUUCCCAGAAAUGUUGUUAGGAAAAUGUUUUUCUGUUUGUCUUGUUUUGUUUUCAUUGUCACACUGUUUCCGGACAUCACUUAAUGUACCUAAAUGGAUUUGGUAUCUCAGAAGGUCAACCCAAGUUAGCAUUAUUCUGAAUGGAGAAAGCUGACGUCUGCUUGAAUAAAUGGAAGAAGGCAUUGUGAGCACAUGGAAAUAUCUCUGCCGUAAGCAACAGGCCGUCUACAUCAGGAGGUAUGAAGCUCACUCGGCACGUGAAUGAGAUUAAUCUGAAGAAUGCAUCAUGGGUGUGAAAAUGAAGUGUGUUAUAUGUGAAUUUUUUUUUGAUAUCUCAGUGAUGUGAAAUCCUCCCCAAAACUCUAUGGCAGCUUUUACUAAGUACUAAAACUGAAAGCAAGUAUGAAAGGUUAAGACAAAUGUUAUAAUGGUUCACAUCAUGUUUAAAAUGCACAGAAUCAAAACACACACUGGUGAAGCGUCUCCUCAGUUUUGGGCAGGAUUUAGCUUCUCUGUUUGUUAUGAGUCAGGUGAGAGUCUAGCUGCUGCAAUAUAAAGUAUGAAGGAGGAGUCCCCACAGUGACUUCCUGUCUGUCUGUCUGUCUGUCUGUCUGUCUGUCUGUCUGUCUGUCUGUCUGUCUGUCUGUCUGUCUGUCUGUCUGUCUGUCUGUCUGUCUGUCUGUCUGUCUGUAUUAUUAUUUGUAUUGUUAUUAUAAGUAGGUUUUCAUGUACAUGCUCUCAUUUAAAUCUUAUCAGCGUUACUGUAUGUAAUACAUGCCUACAUGUCCUCGUCCUAAUAUUUUAUUUUAACAGAUUUUUUAUUUUUAAAGUUUAAUCUAAGCACUUGUUCUUUAUAAGUAGUACUAAUAAAGCCAAUUGACUAUUUA